ACAAACACUGCUGUAGUAGUAAAGGUUAUUAAACUACCAAAGCGAAACGACUUCCCCUGACCACACCCUCCAUCAUGCUUUGGAAUGAAGAACUGCAUAAGUGUGCUGAGAACACUUCACACAACAACCUCUCCGACUUCACACUCAAUUACAGCUGUUAAGAAAGGCAAAGCAUGGACGUGGUCUAUGGGAUGUAUGUGCAAUGGCUACUUCGGUGUGUCCUCUUCCUGAUAUCGCUGCCGUUUCUUCAAAGUAAAGAUGUCACCAUGGUGAUAGGAGAGGUGGGCGGGGCUGUGACUAUCCCCUGUACCUCAGACCUCUUUGAGAACCAUCUGGUCUUCAUGUACGUUCAGAGACCUGGUUCCAAUGGAAAUAAUCCCCGGUUUAUUAAUGGCUACCAUACGAAGAAGCGCUUAGACCCUAAGGAGUACACUAACCGUACACAUGUAGACCCCAGACAGCGAACAAUGAAGCUGUGGAGUAUAUUGCCGUCAGAUGAGGGGUUGUACGAGUGCCACAUUCAAUACCAAACCAAGAAGAAGCAGGAGAACAUACAGCUCAAUGUGACAGCCAACUACAGCAUCCCCAUUGUAACGGUGGCCUGUGACAACGUCAGUUGCUUGGUGACGUGUUCCUCCGACAGUGGUUACCCUCGUAGGGACAUUGAGUGGAGCCCAAACCCUCCUCUGAACCAGAGCCACUGGAGAGUAGUGAACAGUAGUGAUGUGACAGACCCAGUCUCUAUGCUGUUCUCUGUCUACAGUUCCAUAUCCGUCAACUGCUCCUCCGGACCCCGGCUGAACCUCAGCUGUAAUGUAGGGGGCGCCCUUUCACAGGAACACACUGUCUGCUGGCCUCAGACAGGCUCUCCUGAUGUUUAUGUGACCUCUGCCGUUGUGGCUGGUGCUGUUGCUCUGCUGUGUUUCCUGCUGGCUGGGCUGUUUGUCUUCAAGGAAAGGAAGGCUCAGACAGCCAGAGUUGAUCAAGAUGGGGAGGAAGCAGCUAGGCCAGCUGAAAGAGUACAGCUCACCUGUAGGAACCUAGAUUCUUAAUGGAACUUGGAGUCUGUAACAUUGUACACUUGGAACCAAGAAUAUGGAAGGUUAUUUUAUUGAUAAGAUAUAAAUAAAUCUGAAGUGCUAUCUUCUGAUGGGACCAGGGGAUGGUCACUGAGGUGACCUACAUAUUGCCUGGACUUGGCGUCAUUGAAAAUGAGGUUAACUUUCCUCUCCACACUGGAGGACAGGCUGGACAUGAGAGGUGUUUUCAUGAUUUUGAGGAAGACUGGGAGUUGUAUAAAUAUUUAACCAGUAUGUUCAAAUGACUGAGUUCCAAUGAAGAACUAGACAUGCAAUGACUGUCCUCAAUGUGUGCACUAUUGUAAGACAUGGAGUUAACCAGGGAAAUGUGUUAAAGUCAAUAUACAUGUGGAUUAGGACUAAUAACCUGCACUGCACUUAAACAGAGUGUACACGUAUUUAAUGUGCACUUAUCAGGGGUUGACUGUAUUCAACUGACUCAUGUGCAAUUGAAAACUGUGUAACUGUGAAGCUAUCUGUGUAUUAACCACAGUUUACGCAGUACAGACAUGGCCACAACUUGGGGCUUGGUUCCUCUAUAGGUUUUUCCUAGGUUCCUGCCUUCUGGGGAGUUUUUCAUGAUCUGCCUCUGUAUUUUUGCUAAUGUACGAAGGGCUUUAUGAAGUACAUUUGAGAUGAUGAACGGGGGAAGUGAAUGUGUCUGUCAGGAGAAGAUCUUAUAUUCCAGUUUCUAUACCUGCAUCUACCAGUAAGACUGAGUCCACCCCACAUAUUCCUGCCUGUAUGAACUGGUUUUAAGGAACUACAUAACAUGUGCUGGUUGUUCAGUGAGACAGCAAAAGGUGGAUGAUGAAUAGAACAAAUGUUUACUGAUUAUUUCAGGAUUUAAAAAAAAGGUGAAUCUUUGAUAUGUAUGCUACAUAUUUAUGACAUAUUAAGUUGUUCUCAUGUAAAAUACUCUUGAAGGCUACAUAAUAUUUGUAACCUCUUUUUGAUAAGUUAUGAAUAAGUUAUUUGUGUUAAAUUAUGUCUUUCGACUUUAUACUAGUGCAUAUUCUAUUUUCUCUGCUUCGAAUAUAAUUAAAGUGAUAAAGCUGUUGACAAAAUUUGUUGAAUUGUAUAAAUCAUUUCAAUUUUCUAAAUCAGUUACAUAACCUUUGGAUUGCUCAAACUCAAUAACGUAAUCUGAUUACUUUCAGAUACAUUUGGAUUACUUUCCCCUUAAGAGGCAUUAGAACACAGGUGUCAAACUCAGGAGGGCAGAGUGUCUGUGGGUUUUUGCUCCUCCCUUGUACAGUACUUGAUUGAUGAAUCAAGGUCACUAUUUAGUAAGGAACACCACAUCUGGUUGUCUAGGUUUUUAUUGAAAGGGGGAAAAAAACUAAAACCUGCUGACACGAUGUGUUACAUCUGCUCCUGCCACACCCUCUACUGCUCAUCCUGUGUCUCAUUGACCUGCCUCCACUCCGCCAGUGCUCUCUCCCUCUCUGUGUGUGUGUGUGUGUGUGUGUGUGUGUGUGUGUGUGUGUGUGUUUGAUUGUGUGGGCAGGGUCAGGUGUCCUGGAGUCAGAGCAGAUCCCCACCAGCUGCAACCCAUUCCAUAAUCAAGACCUCUACAAAUACUCAGCCCUGCCACUUCCACGCUGUCAGAUCGUAAUCUCUGCUCAGUCAGUCUAUGUUUCUAGCUGUUUAGAUCCUGUUGUGCCUGUUUUCCCUUGCCUGAUUCUGGUUUCCUCUCCGCUACAGUUCUGACUGAUCUGACUCUGGUUCCUGUCCCCAGUCCCACGUCACAUCAUCCUGCUUCUCUGUCCUGGAUUCCCCAAUCUACUGCUCCCUUGGAUUCCCCAUCCGGACCUGCUUACCCUGUUCCAACCCCUCUCAGCCUCCGCUCCUGGUUUCCUACAACCCGCCCGAGCUUCACCUGGCCUGCACGCUACCUUCCCCCUGUGUGUUAAUAAAUACCUUGAAUACUUUA